UGUAUUAUAAAUUACACUUUCCUUUUUAUUCUCCAAUGGCGGCUUAAGGCAUAAAACUCCGUCACUAAUCUCAGAACCUGAGUGUCUACAAAUCACAGAACACGGAAACAAUUCAUAGAGGUCUAAAACUCGCUAAGCAUCUGAGCUGAAGACUUGAGAACAUCGUUCAAGUACUUAUCUUCUUUGCAUGUUCUCUCUCCGGCUUAUAUAUAUAUAUAUAUAUAUAUAUAUAUAUAUAUGUGUAUAACAUAUAUGUACAUGUACGUGCACCACGUUUUUAUAUAGGUUUCAGAUUUGUCGCUAUCUCUCUCUCCUCUUUUUAAGAUUCUUUUUCUAGAUUUGUUCUCUCUCUCUCUCUCUCUCUUUUCUUUUCCGGUCCCGUCGUUUUCGUUCAUCGGAAUGCCACCGAGUAAUCGAAGAGUAUCACACGUUGCUGCGCUGGAGUUUUAUAAGUUCGAUCAGAUCUGAGAACGGAAGACAGUUUGGUCUUAAUAAAAUCACGUCUUUCAGUUAUAGAGAUUCAUGGGUUUAAGCAUUUUCAUGGGAAGAAGAAGAUGAUGGUGAGAGAAGUAGCUUCUGGGUUAUUGAUACUAUUCUCGAUACUGAUCUGGGUUUCUCCGGCGGCGGCUGGAAACGGCGGCGGGUGUAACUGCGAAGACGAAGGAGUAAGCUUCUGGAGCACAGAGAACAUCCUUGAGACGCAACGAGUAAGUGACUUCUUGAUUGCAGUCGCUUACUUCUCAAUCCCGAUCGAGUUACUCUACUUCGUGAGCUGCUCCAACGUUCCAUUCAAAUGGGUCCUCUUCGAGUUCAUCGCCUUCAUUGUCCUCUGCGGUAUGACUCAUCUCCUCCACGGUUGGACUUACGGUCCCCACCCUUUCAAGCUCAUGGUGGCGUUGACCGUUUUCAAGAUGUUGACCGCUCUCGUCUCCUGCGCCACUGCGAUCACCCUCAUCACUCUCAUCCCUCUCCUUCUGAAAGUUAAAGUUCGAGAGUUUAUGCUCAAGAAGAAGGCUCAUGAGCUUGGACGUGAAGUUGGUCUCAUUAUGAUUCAGAAAGAGACCGGCGUUCACGUCCGUAUGCUUACUCAAGAGAUACGCAAGUCCUUGGACCGUCACACGAUUCUUUACACUACUUUGGUUGAGCUUUCGAAGACCUUGGCGCUGCAGAACUGCGCGGUGUGGAUGGAGAAUGAAGGUAAGAGUGAGAUGAAUCUGACUCAUGAGCUUAGAGGGAGCUCAGGGAGGAGUGGUUAUGGCUACUCUGUUUCUAUGCAUGAUGUGGACGUUGUUAGGGUUAGAGAAAGCAAUGAUGUGAAUAUACUAAGCGUUGACUCGUUGAUAGCUCGAGCUAGCGGCGGAGAUGUUAGUGAGAUUGGACCGGUGGCUGCCAUUAGAAUGCCGAUGCUUCGCGUGUCGGAUUUUAAAGGAGGGACGCCUGAGUUGAUUCAGACAUGUUACGCCAUACUCGUCUGCGUGUUACCUAGCGGACAGCCUCGGGACUGGAGUUAUCAGGAGAUUGAGAUUGUUAAGGUCGUGGCUGAUCAAGUAGCCGUUGCGUUGUCUCACGCAGCGGUUCUUGAGGAGUCUCAGAUGAUGAGGGACAAGCUCGCGGACCAGAACAGGGCCUUGCAGAUCGCGAAGAGGGACGCGAUGAGGGCGAGCCAGGCGAGGAAUGUGUUGCAAAAAGCGAUGAGCGAAGGGAUGAGACGUCCGAUGCAUUCUAUACUUGGUCUUUUGUCGAUGAUACAGGACGAGAAGUUGAGUAAUGAGCAGAAGAUGAUUGUUGAUACGAUGGUGAAGACCGGGAAUGUUAUGUCGAAUUUGGUCGGGGACGCGAUGGAUGUUUCUGACGGUAGAUUUGUCACGGAGAUGAAGCCGUUUAGUCUGCAUCGUACGGUCCGUGAAGCGGCUUGCUUGGCGAGGUGUUUGUGUCUUUACAAUGGGUUUCGGUUUACGGUUGAUGCGGAAAUGUCUCUGCCUGAUAAUGUAGUGGGAGAUGAAAGAAGAGUGUUUCAGGUGAUACUUCAUAUGGUUGGUAGUUUAGUAAAGCCUAGAAAGUGUAGAGAAGGAUCCUUGUCGUCGUCGGUGAUCUUUAAGGUUUUUAAAGAAAGAGGAAGCUUGGAUAGGAGUGAUCAAAGAUGGGCUGCAUGGAGAUCACCUACUUGUUCGGCGGAUGGAGAUGUGUACAUAAGAUUCGAAAUGAGUGUUGAGAAUGAUGGUUCAGGCUCUCAAUCAUUUGCUUCUGUUUCGUCAAGAGAUCAAGAAGUUGGCGAAGUGAGAUUAUCUGGCUAUGGGUUAGGACAAGAUCUAAGCUUUGAUGUUUGUAAGAAAGUGGUGCAGUUAAUUCAAGGGAACAUCUCGGUGGUCCCUGGCUCGGACGGCUCGCCGGAAACCAUGUCACUGCUCCUCAGGUUUCGACGCCGGCCGUCCAUAUCAGUCCAUGGAACAGGGGAAGCACCGGCUCCAGACCACCACCUUCACCCUCAUUCUGAUUCUCUGUUACGUGGCUUGCAAGUUUUAUUAGUAGACACCAACGAUUCAAACCGGGCGGUUACGCGUAAACUUUUAGAAAAACUUGGCUGCAUUGUAACCGCGGUAUCAUCUGGAUUCGAUUGCCUCACUGCCAUUGCACCUAGCUCUUCCUCAUCUUCCUCAACGUUCCAAGUGGUGGUGCUUGAUCUACAAAUGGCAGAGAUGGAUGGCUAUGAAGUGGCCAUGAGGAUCAGGAGCCGAUCUUGGCCGUUGAUGGUGGCAAUGACCGUGAGCUUGGACGAAGAAAUGUGGGACAAGUGUAUGCAGAUUGGGAUCAAUGGAGUUGUAAGAAAGCCGGUGAUGUUAAGAGCUAUGGAGAGUGAGCUCCGGAGAAUAUUGUUGCAAGCUGACCAACUUCUCUAGUUGAUCUAAACUUGUCAUCUACAUUCAAAUUUUUACAACAUUGUUUUUACACCAUAUAUUAAAUGAAAUAUCAAAAGAAAGUUUCCAAAUUGUUA